UUCAAUCUGCCCAUGUCUGAGAUGCACAGUGCAGGCGUACAAUCAUGAGCAGCUUACGACACUCAGUGAACACUGGGUGCCUCUGCAUGCUCUAGCAACAUACUGCUCAGCUGAAGGGAAGGGAUUCUUGCUGUCUCUCUCUGCUCUAAGCAUCACCUAACAAGCAAAGCGAACAAAGAAUGGGAAAUAAAGCGACCCUUAGCCGGUCAGUGAAUGAAUGGUAACCUCUCUCUGGAGUAAAGGUUGUGCCGGUCAAUGGUCGUUGCAAAUGACGGACAUUAAACAGAUUGACAAAUCCUGUGGAGUCGUUAGUAAAGAGUUUGGAGUUUUUUUCACGCCACAGUGUUAACUGCAGAGGAAAGGACAGAGGGAGAAGGAGAAGAUCAAGCUCAUGUACAUAGUUCUGAAACUUGCAGGUCCUAGGAGGCAGCUCAAAAGCUAGCUGGACAAGCCUUUCGCUCGUUGAGCAGAAGCGAAGUGAGACAUUGUGAGCUUGCCAGCCUUGCACAACAUUGAAAGGGACUGAAUUUGUAGCACAGAGGGGUCUUUUUUAGCUCUGCAUAUAAUUAGUCCAAACACAAAGGAAGCAACUGAAUGGAGGUUGUCACUCUCUGGAAAAGGGUGGGUAAGACACUUUUUAAUUAAAUUCUUUCAUGAAGAAAGAUUUUUUUUUUUCCUUUGCUGCAGCAUUUAACAUGAACAAAAUCACUAUCAUUUUACCUUUGAAUGUCUGUGAACUUUAAUGCUGCACAGCUCCUGCAUGCUGUAAAGUGAAAUAUUUGCCUCUGUGUUUGUUCUGUUUGCUGUUUUGCUUUGGUUUUCGGGCUUUGUUUCGUUGGUUUGCCUUUUUUUUUUUCCCCCUUAAAUAAAAUAUGAUGUAGAAUUUGAAAAGAUUCAAUGGACAUUCUCAAGCAUAUUUGGAAAUAUUCUUGCUAAUGGAUUUCCUUCUUAUUGGUCUCUGUUUAAACUGGCUGCUGAGGAAGCCCCCGGGGUUGAUAUUGUGUACGCUGGGUAUCUUUUCUAAAAUGCUUCCAGCUGUGAAUAGUGGGUGUCCACAGCUCUGUCGGUGUGAGGGCAGGCUUUUGUACUGUGAAUCACUGAAUCUUACAGAGAUGCCUCGCAACCUGUCGGGCAUGAUGGGCUUGUCUCUGCGGUACAACAGCCUUUCAGAGCUGCAUGAUGGACAGUUCACAGGGUUAAUGCAGCUCACGUGGCUCUAUCUGGAUCACAAUCACAUUUGCUCAGUGGAGGGGAAUGCCUUUCAAAAAUUGCGGCGAGUUAAAGAGCUCACCCUGAGUUCCAACAAAAUAACCCAACUGCCCAACACCACUUUCCGCCCCAUGCCAAACUUGCGCAGUGUGGAUUUAUCUUACAACAACCUACAGUCUUUGGAGCCCGACCUGUUCCACGGGCUGAGGAAACUGACAACUUUGCACAUGCGGUCGAACGCCAUCAAGUUCGUGCCGGUGAGAAUUUUUCAGGACUGUCGCAGCCUGAAGUUUCUGGACAUAGGAUACAAUCAGUUAAAGAGCCUGGCUCGAAACUCUUUUGCGGGCUUGUUCAAACUCACCGAGCUGCACCUCGAGCACAAUGACUUGGUGAAAGUGAAUUUAGCCCAUUUUCCCAGGCUCAUCUCCCUGCACUCUCUCUGCUUGAGAAGGAAUAAAGUUACCAUCGUAGUAAACACCUUGGACUGGAUAUGGCAACUGGAAAAGAUGGAUCUCUCCGGCAACGAAAUCGAAUACAUCGAACCUCACGUUUUCGAAAGUGUACCUCAUCUCAAAUCCCUGCAGCUGGACUCCAACCGGCUGACCUACAUCGACUCCCGGGUCCUGGACUCCUGGAAGUCCCUCACUAGCAUCAGCCUCUCCGCCAACGCCUGGGAUUGCAGCCGGAACGUCUGCGCCCUGGCCUCCUGGCUGAGCAACUUCCAGGGUCGCUACGACAGCAACCUGCUCUGUGCCACCCCCGAGUACGCGCAGGGCGAGGAUGUUUUGGACGCCGUGUACGCCUUCCACCUGUGCGAAGACGCAGACCCCACGAGCGUCAACACCUUCUCCCCGGUGACCAACAACAGCGACCAGACGCUGGGCUAUGGCUCCGCCACCGCCACCUACGACGUGCCGGACAGCGGCGAGGACCGGACCACGUACGCCGUCACCAUCACCAUGCCCGGCGAGAACUCCGAGAACGCCGUGCAGAUUCACAAGGUGGUGACGGGCACCAUGGCACUGAUUUUUUCCUUCCUUAUCGUGGUUUUGGUGUUGUAUGUCUCCUGGAAGUGCUUUCCAGCCGGCUUAAGGCAACUAAGACAGUGCUUUGUCACACAGCGCAGGAAGCAGAAGCAGAAACAGACCAUGCACCAAAUGGCUGCCAUGUCAGCCCAGGAGUAUUAUGUUGAUUACAAACCCAACCACAUUGAGGGAGCCCUGGUGAUCAUUAAUGAGUAUGGAUCUUGUUCCUGUCACCAGCAGCCAGCGAGGGAAUGCGAGGUGUGAUUUUCCUUGUGGGAUUUAAACAGUGUGCAACCAAAUAACAGCGUGCAGGCAGACAGUGGCACGGGGUGGGGGGGGUUGCUGGGCUUUGCUGGUGGUUUCUGACGUGCACCUCUGCCCAAAUUGUUAAGAGGGGCUGUCCCAGAGACUUGAUAUUUUAGCUUUAUCGUGUCUUAAAAACCUUCAGGACAGCCAAUCUUAAGGUUUCAUAUGCUAAUACUCCCUUUGAAGAUCUGUCAAUAUUCAGGAAUCUGAGAGUGUAAAAAGGUACCAACUAUUGAUCUUUUGUAAACUAAAAAAAAACUGUUUAAAAUAAAAAAAAAUAGCAUUUACAGUUUUUACAGACUGGUGUAUAUUACAUGAAUGGUUCCCUGUAUACAAAAUGCAACAGUUUAACCUCUUUUUCUCUUCAUGCUGAGUGUUGAAAUGAAAGUCGAUGAGCAAAGAAGCCACGUAAAAGAGAAAGCUUAAAAUUACCCAUUGUAAUUAGCACACAUUCACGUCCAUCAUGUUGCUGGAGAUAUGAAGCAUGACACUGGAAUUCUAUUUUUGUUAAUGUGCUACCUGUAACUGGAUGUCAGUACAAGGAGCCAGUGCACCUCAGAAAGGCUAAAGUUUUGACCCUGUCCCUGGGACAGGAAUUCUGAGGGUUUUUAAGUACAGCUCACUUGUUAGUUGCUGCAAGAUCCAUAAAAACAGCAUCAGAACCCCUGGAAGUAUUUUGUAUCAAAACUGAUCAUACUGCAAAGACUCCCUAAAAAAAACAAACAACCAACAAAACCCAAACAAGUGAAACACUGCCAAAAUGUGUUCAUCAGAAAUAUAAAAAAGACCGAAAAAACCCACUAAAUUCAAGGGCUUUUAAUAGAUUUCCCCACUUUUAUGCUUGUUUUGAGCUAUCCCAAGAGCUGAGAACUUGUUUUGUGCCCCGUGGUGCCACAGUGAGUGGGGAAGAGCAAAAGCUAUUUGGGUCUCAGUGAUGAAACCUGUGUGUCUGAAGAGCAAAACCACCGUCAGGGGAAGAUAGAGAGGUAUUAGAUCCUACUUCUGGGUCCUGUAGUAAACUGCUGGCAAAGCCUAGCUCAUGUCCCUCGCUUCCACCACUAAUAAAACAACCCCAAAAAUCUCUGCAGAGGCUGAAAGCAGAUGAACCCUCCUUACUAAUGAGUGAUAAGUGGAAUUGAUGGAUAUAAAGCAGUGAUUUCACAAUGUAGAACCAUGCAGCUGUUUUAUCUGACUGCCCUUAAAUAAAGGUUUCCUUUCCUAGUAUUUUGGAUUUUUCAUUCCAGUAUGUGAACAACUUGAUCCUUUCACCAACUCCCCUCAUGCUAAUUGACGGUGAGGGAGUUUUGUAACACCAGGCAGAGCAUCUUGAAAUUUUCUUCCUACGGCACUACAUGGGAAUAAAAUGUUAUGGAUAAUGAACUGGGUGACAUUUCUAUGCUCUGUACAUGUUUCUCUAUCCUCAGGUUACCACCAAUAGAGGAACAAUUGCAAAAUCUUACAUGUAUUUUAAUGUAACACAGGGGUUUUUUUCCCUUUUUUAUAGCAUCGAAGUGCCACCUACUCUUAAAAGGCUACAGCAGGCUUAUAAAGCAGAAAAUAGGCACAGAAUAAACCACUUGUUUUCCUGCACAGCAGGUUUUAGCCAUUAAUUUUGAGUGUAAAGAGUGACUUCUAUAUUUUUUUCUGACUGACACUAUUUUAAGGAGUCAGAAUUUAUUUUCAUCUAUUUGAUACAUCUCAUCUUGUGUAAUAUUAAAUAUGGCAAGAGCCUUUUAAUCAAAAUUUUUAUUCAGUGAGACUAUAAUAUCAUCUGUGAAAGCAAUGAGAUUAUGUACUGGGAGAGGACUGUUUCGUAGAGAAUUUAAUCAAAAUCAGCUGCUUUUUCACUAAAGCCACUGAAAAUUCCCCCACAGUUUCAAACAAGCUAGCACUGUUAAAACCAGGCUUUUCUCUCUUUAAACAAAUGCACAUUUCUCUUCCUGUGCCUCAAACCCAGAAGGGCCUGAUCCAUCCUGAAACUCCCAAGUGACCUGAGGGGUUGAGUGUCCAAGUACAAACCUAACAGGGAGGACAGAGAGAAGGUACAGACCAUCCUGUCUUUUGGGUUGCCUGAUCAUGUUUUAGGCAAAAAAUACUUGCCUAAAUACAUGCUAACUCAGGGCCAAGCUAUAUUUAUUUUCCCAUUAAACCCUUCUCUGAAAUCAGUAGGGAAUUUAACUGUGAAAAAUUGGCUCUCCAACUUUGGACUAGGCUGUGUGUUCCUCAAAUCCACAAGGCACCACUGCAGCCAGCAGGGCUGAUUACAACUAGUUGCCAGGAUGCUUCCAAAAAAUCAACUAAGAUCGUUAAAAUAUUGUCUGCAUAUGGCAAAAUAUAUAUAUAUAUAAACUGGCUUUAUGUCUAUAAUGACCCCCUGUUGCUAUCAAGAAAAGUAUAAGUGCAGUCAUGACUUUGCCCCUGUAAAUCUAAGACAAGACUGAUACCAACAAACAAUCAUCCCAUGGUUGUAUUUCAGUGUAUUUUUAGCAUAUUUGUGGGUUGUGUUUGAAACACACGAGUGAUUGCACCCCUCUGGAGUUGUUCCUGCUGCUUAUUGGUGUUAGCAACCUCCAGCCACGUUUGCAAAGACGUGAGCAAUCCUGCCUUUGGAAUUUAUUCACCUCUGUGCUUCAUGCAUCUUGCACUGACAGCUCAAGUAAACUGAGCAGAGCGUUUUCCUUUAAAGGUGCAGUGAUUUCCUAAGUGGGAGCUGAUUUCGGUGUUGCCUGUUGCCAUUUCUCCUGAAGAGAGGUGAUGACCACCAAUGACUUGCCACCCUGAGCAGGAUGAUGGAUGGAUCCUCCACGUGGAGCACAGCCCUUAUUAAAGGAUGUGUUUCAAAAUCUUCAUGCAGAAAUCUUUUCUGAGGGUAAUCUGUUCUAGAGACAACCUCCUAGUGGUCCCCAGAGGACAUCUGGAGAUCCUGACACCCUCUGAGUAUUCACUGGUGAAAAGAGGGGUAUCACUGCUGUUACCUGGCAGUACCACAGGCUGCCCACAUCUAGUCUGAAAGUUUACAUGAAAUAUAUGUGGGUAAUAAAGAAAUAAAAGAGCCAGUAUGUCAUUUCAAUCUAGCUAUUGCAAAUCCAGUUAUUCAUCCUGCUCCAGGCUAUUUCCAUUGGUAUAUAUGAGAGUUAUUAUAUUUGUACUGCAUUUAUGGCAACUGCAGGGACAAAUUUCCCCUAAUUCUUUCUUCCAAAUUUUGUGUUCAACAGCUGUCCAGAGAUAAGUCAUUCCCUCUCUUUGAUGCCCUUAUUCUGGUAUAUUAAAUGGCUCCAAAUUCAAAAGGAAU